AUGGCAAAAUUCGUUCAAAUUGGCUUCCGAGCAUCUGAAUUUGUCUGGACCCUUCUUAUUACAGCUUUGAUCGGCAAUGUCAUCGCGGAGGCCUUUUCUGGAAACCCUUCAAGCGUCAAUUACGCAAUAUUCGUCGCAGUCUUCUCGUGGAUAGUCCUGCUGAUCGGCCUCGUGGUGGCAUUUACGGAUUUGGAGAACAUAAUCCUGCAGGUCCUGAUAGCCUUGGAUGCGCUCGCCGUUGUCUUCACAUUCGUUGCUGGUGUGGUUUUGGCUGCCAAGCUUGGGGUCCAUAGCUGUGGCAACACCUCAUACACGACUACCAACAGCUUAACCAACGGCUCACACGACACAUCAAAGCGAUGCCGCGAACUCCAAGCCAGCACCGCAUUCUUCUGGUUCCUGUUCGCUUCUUUCGUUGGAUCUCUCGUCCUUAGCGCCAUGGGUGGCAGAAGCUCGAUGUCCAUGAGAGGACGCAAAGGUCAGCCCAUGUCCCAGGUCUAA